AUGGAUCGUUUGAUUUAUUGUUACAGUUUCCCCAUUACUGUUACGAUCGAAUUUGUUGAGGUAUUGAGCGGGAAUGUUUACGUCGGCUUUCAAGACAUUUACAUGAACAUUAUUGAGAGUGUCAGUUGGAAUCGCGAAAAACCGCAGCCCUUUAACCACAGUGUCUCUGGUUUUCCAAGGAUUUGGGUAAUUUGCUUUGAAUAC